UUUAUGUUCACGUUUCCGUGUGCCUCAUCAAGGCCGUACCAAGGCCAUAGCAAAAGCUAUAGUAGUGUGUUAUGUUUAGGUUAAUUCUGUUAAAAACAUCUCGUCCCAUAGUGUCUUUGUGUAACUUUGUAGUAAAGGCUUAAAACAGUUCUAUGGCCAAAGAAUAAUGUGUACCGUUGAUUGUGUUCCUCUACCUGAGUGAAAAGAUGUGGAAGACACUAAGCAUUUUGCUGCUCUGUCUUCUGCUCGAACCCUCAUGGAGUCGCUUAGCCGAAGACAUCACCUACUCAUCCCUGGACAACUGCGUAACCGACCACUGUUUCCAUCAACCAGCAGAGGCAUGCCCUAGCCCUGACAGCAAGUGCCGUUGUCGCAAACUCCCAUACUGCAAAAGUGCGGCCGUUUGCUGCAACGUUAAUAAAUUCCAACUAACGGAAGGCUUGGCAUGCGCAAACAUCAGUGGCAACGGUCAUGUGGAGUCGCUGCACAUACGGAACGCCAGUCUGGACAUCCUAAACGUGGAGGACUGGAGGAAACUCAAAUAUCUGAGAUACAUGACCAUAACAGACGGCCAAAUAAACAGCGUAGUCGGGGAAUUCGCCAAACACACCAUAGUCUCCUGUUUGAAUUUAUCCUCAAACGGGAUCGUCAAUUUUGAAAAUAGAUCUCUGGUCAAUUUGUACAAUCUGAGCUUCUUGGAUCUUUCACACAACAAUUUAUCGGACGUCCCUCGGUUCAAAAAAGAUGGGAAUAUAACUCUAGACAUAUCAGCUAAUCAGCACAUGUUAUGCUCAAACCUAUUCGACGCUUUAAAGCGCACCGAACUCCACUUCAGCAACAUAAACAAUUCCUUUUGUCUAUUUGCCCGAACCUUUCACUGGUUCAAUACGACUGAAACUGUCCCUCUUACACAAGUGAUUGGAACACAUAAGUUGCGUAAAGAUUGCCGCAAAAAUUGCACUUGUGAGCCCUCAAGACUGGACCUAGUGUCAGGAAAACAAGCAACGAUUGCAGUGGCUGUUAACUGCUCCGGACAGAGCUGGACAUCACUGCCUUCACCUCUGCCACCCAACACUAUAGCUCUGAACGUUUCGAAUAAUAACAUAACUUCGCUGGAACUGUUCAGUACCGACUCCUCCUACCAGAAUAUUAGGGAGCUGUAUGCUGAUAAUAACCAGAUUACGUCCAUUCUCCCGCUGGAGGGGUCGCAGUUUUUGAGCAGUUUCGCAGUCCUGAGUCUUAGAAACAACAAGUUGAAAUCGCUCCCAACUUACAUAUUCUCGAACAUACUGGACCGGAAUAAUUACGUCCGGUACGUUUUUCUCGGUCUGAACAGACUCCAGUGUGAUUGUAACACGGCCAAAGUUUUGAAGGUGUGGCUGUUGACGAAGCAGAAAAACAUCCCCGAUUUCGAAGAAAUCUACUGUGAUAACAUGGAUAUGAAAGUGAUAGAUUUGAACCCUUCCAAGCUCUGUCAGACGCAACAAGACUGGACUGACUACAUCUACUACAUCAUCACCAUAGAGGUGGUGCUUCUCGUGGGUCUGAUUGCCAAAGUCGUUUACGAUUACUGUGUUUUUAAAACCUCCGGUUAUUUGCCGUGGCCGGCGAGCAAAAUGCCAAAGUUACCAUGCGAUUGGUUAUGUGAAUAGUUUUAUUUUAGUCGCAACGAUGUGCCUGUUAAUGCUUCCGCCUUGUAUCAUGGUUGUGAAAUGUUUACUGUAGUAGGGAUUAGUGUAGGAAGUUUUGUGCUCUCAAUCAAGUUUGAAACGAAAAGUCUGACACACCAACAGUCAUAUUAGUUUUCUAGACUCAAAUCUAAUACGAAAAGACAGUACAAUUGCGGAAAUUUAAAUAAAUUCGCGAAUUUAUUUUAAAUUUUCUAUCUUAUUUACAAAUUAUGAACUAUGGCUUUAUAUGUCUUUUACUGUAAACUAUUUUUCUUCAUUAGGUUUAUGCAACUUUAGCUCCGUAUGUGUUUUUAUUUAUUGUCUUCUUUUGAAAACACUGUUUUUAACAUCACUUUCAGAAUAUUAAUCCUCUAAUAUGUUAUUCCCUUUUAUUUGCUUAUGCAAAUAUUUUCCUAAUAAUGUGCAAUUGUAUAUAUUUCAUUUUUUACAUUAUCUACGGUAUGUCUUUAUUUGUGCAACUCUUCCCUUUAUAUUUUUGUUGUUUAAUUGCUCAAUUUAUAGUAGUUGUUUGUGUUUUUUGUUUUGAUAUUUAUUUUAUUUAUUUUUUUCCAAAUUGUGGUAAAAGACAAUAUAUCAAGUAUACCAAUUGAUUUACAAUAAUUCCGGUGUGUAUUUACUAUUUGUUGUAAAAUACAUGAACCGCCUAAGUAUGGGUAGCAACAAAAUGAACUCUGUAAUCAUUAAUACUUUUUGGAAUGUAAUUUAAUUGUGUUUACUGUAAGCACGUCCAAAUAUUUAAUUGUAGUCGUUUUACAGUUUUUAUACUAUUAAGUAAUACUCAUCCAAGGACAAAAUCAAAAAUCGUCUACGAAUUAUCAAAACGUGUCACAGCUUUUUAGUUUUUACAAAUGUAUGGUCAAAAAUUGUUUGAAAUCUCUUUACCCAAAAUUUUUAUUUUAUUUAGCAUAUUUUACUUACUUUAAGUACAAUAUCUUGUUUGCUAAUGUAUAGAUAAAUAUUGUUUCUUUUGUAAUAUUGUUUCGUAUAAUAAAGUGUCUUAUCAAA